AUGAAGGCCUCGCCCUCAAGGACGCUCGUUUCUUCUCUCCUCCUCUCCGCCCUCCCAUUCUCGCUUGCCCAGCUCUCCAUCCCCGAGGAUCUUCCGUCAGGCUAUGAGUAUCAAGGAUGUUAUACCGAUGUACCCGGCCGGACCAUCAACAGCGCCGCGUAUGCGGAUGGCGAGGACAUGACAAUCGAGUCCUGCCUCGCCUUUUGCGCUGCCAAGGGUUUCGCCUACGCCGGCACAGAGUACUCGGUUGAAUGCUUCUGCGGGAGCAGCCUUGCCGCGGGAACCGAGAAGGUAGCCGACUCGAACUGCAACAUGCCUUGCUCCGGAGACGCCACCCAGCCUUGCGGAGCCGGAAGCAGGCUAUCGCUCUUCUACACAGAUAGCCUGACUUCGUCUGGGCCGGCACCGAACCCGGGCGUCAACGGUUACACCCACGUGGGGUGCUACGCGGAGGGGACAACAGGCCGUGCGCUUACUUACGGCGCCGGCGGCAUCCCGGCCGCCGAGAUGACGGUGGCCAAGUGCACGGCUGCCUGCCGCGCCGCCAACUACAACUUUGCCGGCGUGGAAUAUGGUGGCGAAUGCUACUGCGGUAAUAGCAUCGUCAACGGCGGUGCCCCCGCCACCAGCGGCUGCGCCAUGACCUGCAACGGCAACAGCACCGAGCUCUGCGGCGGCCCUGACCGUCUGAAUGUAUACAGCUACGGGGGCCAAAGCCCUUCGGGAACUUCCUCCGCCGCCGCUACCUCUACCGGCGGCGGCAGCCAGCCGACUGGACCCUCCCAGCCCGAGACCGUUGGCAACUACGAGUGGUAUGGGUGCCGCACCGAGGCCACGGCCGGGCGCGCUCUGAGUGCUGCCACCUUCGCUUCCGACGACAUGACCCUUGAAGCGUGUCAGGCUUACUGCUCCGCCUACACGUACUUUGGCGUCGAGUACUCCCGCGAGUGCUACUGCGGAGACAGCUUCGCCGCCGGCUCCGUCGCGGCGCCCGCGUCUGAAUGCAGCAUGACCUGCAUGGGCGACUCGAGCCAGUACUGCGGCGCCGGCAACCGCCUGUCUGUCUAUGCCAGGGACGGCACUCCUCCGCCGAGCUCAACCACUGGCGCGCCACCGGCCACGACCACUUCCCCGCCGCCCGUCGUUACCGGCGUUCCUGAGGGAUGGUCGUAUCAGGGAUGCUGGAUCGACGGGAAGCAGGGACGUAUCCUCCAGCAUCAGAUUCCCGACAGCCAGGCCAACACCCCCUCGACGUGCGCCAACGCCUGCGCUGCGGCCGGUUACAUAAUUUCCGGCACCGAGUAUGGCGUCCAGUGCUUCUGCGGCAAUGCCAUCUAUAACGGCGGUGAAAAAACUGUCGACUCGCAAUGCAGCAUGGCUUGCCCCGGCGACCCGACCAAGAAGUGCGGUGCUGGCGACCGUCUGAGCAUUGUUUCCGAGGGCGAACCUCAGGCCUAUGCUCCUCCCGCCCCGAAGCAGACUGUCGGCGACUGGACAUACCAGGGCUGCGCCGAAGACAACCUUAACGACAAGCGCACCUUCGUUUGGCAGAUCAUCUACCCUGGCAUGACCCCUGAGAUGUGCCUGGACCGCUGCGCACAGUUUGGCUACCAUGCCGCCGGUAUGGAGUACGGCCGGGAAUGCUACUGCGGCGACCCGGCCAACAUGGCGACCGCCGGCGCCACCUUCCGGCCGGAGAGCGAGUGCGGCAUCACCUGCGAAGGCGACCCGACGGCCAUCUGCGGUGGCCUCAGCCGUCUCUCCACCUACUUCUGGACUGGCACGCCCAAAUACUCGUGGGAUUUCCCGCAGGAUUGGCGGGCCGGCCGGUACGAGUUCUUCGCGAACGGUGUCAACAUCCCGCUCAUUACCCAGGAAACCAUCACUGGCAAGGUGUCGUUCAUCUCCAAGCACGGGACGGGCCCUGGCAACGAGACUGGCGCCUACGAGCUGGACGUCGCAUCGCGGACCUUCCGUGAGCUCCACCUCAAGACCGACGUCUUCUGUGCCGCCGGCGUGACCCUGCCUGACAAGGCCGGUCGUCAGCUCAACGUCGGCGGCUGGGCUGGCGAUUCGACCUAUGGCACCCGUCUGUACUGGCCCGGCGACACCCACGACUGGGAGGAGAACGUCAACGUGCUCAAGCUCCAGGCUGGCCGCUGGUAUCCUACCGCCAUGGUCAUGACCAACGGCUCCGUCUUGGUCGUUGGUGGCUUGAUCGGCUCCAACGACAAGGCCGUUCCCUCGCUCGAGAUCCUGCCGUACACCGGACAGGCCCCGCUGUACAUGGACUGGCUGGACCGCACUCACCCCAACAACUUGUAUCCUUACCUCUUCGUCCUGCCCGGUGGUGGCAUCUUUGUCCAGUACUGGAACGAGGCCCGCAUCCUCGAUCCCGUUACCUUCGCGACCACCAAGGUCCUUCCCAACGCCCCCGGCGCACCCAACGACGACAAGGGGGGCCGCACCUAUCCUCUCGAGGGUACUGCCGUGCUCUUCCCACAGAAGUACCCUUACACCGACCCGCUCGGCGUCCUCAUCUGCGGCGGCGCCACCACGGGUGUCAUGAAUGCCCUCGACAACUGCGUCUCCAUCUACCCCGAGGCGGCCAACCCGAAGUGGGAGAUCGAGCGCAUGCCCUCGAAACGUGUCCUGACGUGCAUGGCCCCGCUCCCUGAUGGCACAUACCUGAUCGCCAACGGCGCCCACCACGGCAACGCCGGCUUCGGCCUGGCCACGGACCCCAACAGAAACGCGCUCCUUUACGACCCGUCAAAGCCGCUCGGCUCGCGCAUCACGGUCGCCGCCAACACCACCAUCUCCCGCUUGUACCACUCGGAAGCCAUCACGCUCCUCGACGGCCGUGUCCUCAUCUCGGGCUCCAACCCGGAGGACGGCAAGAACCCCGAGGAGUACCGAGUCGAGGUCUUCAUCCCGCCCUACCUCCUCAGCGGCAAACCCCGCCCGACCUUCAGCCUGGUCAACAAGGACUGGGCCUACGGCCAGGCCAACAUCGCGUUCACGCUGGGCGCGCCGGCCCGCAACGGCGCCAUCACCGUAACCCUGCUCGGCUCCGUGUCGAGCACGCACGGCAACUCGAUGGGCGCCCGCACCAUCAUGCCGCGCGUCUCGUGCACCGGCACCAGCUGCACCGUCGACGCGCCGCCCAACGCCAACAUUUGCCCGCCGGGCUGGUACCAGUUCUUUGUGCUCGACGGUGGUAUCCCCGCCGUCGGUGUCUAUGUCCGCAUCGGUGGCGAUCCGGCACGCCUGGGUAACUGGCCGCAGGCUCCGGGCUUCUCGACGCCGGGUAUCUAA